CUACUCCGUCGUAUUUGUUCCUUUCGUGCUCGCUGCCACCGAGGCAUCUUCAUCGCUAAAAGGUGAACACGAAAAUGAUGACGCAAAAGCAGCUAGUAGACCAAGAACCGCACGGCCGUUUCUGCGGAGUGUCUGCGCUGCUCUCUACAGUGCAGAGUUCUGCAGACCCCUGCCAAGGGACCACCUCGACCAACGCAGAGACAUUUACACUGGCAGCCCGCAGGUCUUGUUACGCGAGAGGCUCUUGCAACUGCUCCUUGGCACCAGCGAUAAAAAGGAUCAGGAACAAGAAAAAGGUGAGGCUCAAGAAUGGAGCAUAUCGCGACCUUCAAUCUCCUUACGACUCCGCCUCUUCGAUCACUGGCAGUUGGGCAGGACAGUUGACCUGAGAAAGCCAAGAGUGCCAUUUCCCCAUGGACAAAUACGAAACCAUACGUCGCAUGCUCAGCAGACAAAUGAGGAUGUGGACCAUGAAGAAAAAGAGCUAGUUUUCUUUCAAGAACGCGAUUAUCCUCGUUCGUUCGCCAGAAAGUUCCCC